AUGUUUUUGUGGCUAUUUACUCGCAAAACUCCCAAGGCAGCAGAAAAAUUAAAAUGUAUUCUGCACUAUUUUUCUCAAUUUUUUAAAAAUCCUCCAAAUGGGACAGUUUCAAUUAUUCGUCAAAAACUUAAUUGUGAAUUGGAACCAAAAUGGGAUGAAAUUGAACUUAAUUUAGUUAAUUUAAAUGCUUUACCCAAUGGAAGAAUAGAAAAUGAGGGAGAAAAGAUGACUCAAGUAGAUUUUGCAAAUGAAUAUAUUGGUGGGGGUGUACUUGGAUAUGGACUUGUACAGGAAGAAAUUCGUUUCCUAAUAUGCCCAGAAUUAAUUAUUUCUUGCCUUGUAUGUGAAAAGAUGGAAAAGAAUGAAGCAAUAUUAAUUAUUGGAGCAGAAAGAUACUCAGAUUAUCAAGGUUAUGGAAGUACUUUUUGUUGGAAAUAUCGUCAAAGAGAUGCUUCUUUGCAAAGGUUAGUCUACUGCGAAGCAGGAGUGGGUCUGGUUAUCCAAAAACCGAUACCCGGACCUUUUCUUGACUAUAAGCAUGAUCAGAGAAAUUUUAAAAUCCGACCCGUUUUUUCCCGACCCGUCCAAUCCAUGUUGCAAACAUAGUCUACCGCGGAAUCAUAGCUAUAAUCCAUCCAUUUUUCU